AUGAGGCUCACUCAGGAUGCUGUCGAUGUCAUCAAGAAAGAGAGCCCAUCUCCUCCAAAAUUACAUACAUCAUCCAACACCUGCUCACCAUCCACCCACCGUCACAAGACAAGCCUACACCCACAGCACGCGAACCCUCGCCCAACAACAACAAUCACCAGCACCGAUGGGACUAACAACCACAUAGGAACAGCAGGCCUAGGCAAAUCCACAACCCUCGCCCUCCUAGCUCACAACCCGUCACACAUCUACUUCUCAGGCCGCUCCCACGCCUCCGCCAAAGCCCUCAUCGAUGCCGCCGCUUCCUCCUCCUCUUCACCAACCCCUCCACCCCUAACCUUCGUUCCCCUAGACCAAACCUCCCUCCCCUCAAUCCGCGCCGCCAUCAAGAAACACUUCACUCACACCCGCCUCGACAUCCUAAUCAACAACGCAGGCAUCAUGGCCGGCGCUCCCGGCCUCUCAGCCGACGGCUACGAGAUCCAAUUUGCUACGAAUCACCUAGGCCACGCCAUGGUUGUUCGGGAGCUACUACCGGUCCUACUACGUACCGCUAGGGGAUCUGGAUCUUCAUCUAGUGACGGCGGCGGCGGCGGCGACGACGAUGCCCCGGCUGACGUACGCAUCAUCAACCUCACGUCCGUCGGGUACCAAGCCCACCCGCGCGACGGCAUCUCCUUCGAGACGCUUGGAACAACACAAACUGGACCGCCGGUUCUGGGCCAAUGGAUUCGAUACGGCCAAAGCAAACUCGCAAACAUCCUCUUCACCCGCGAACUCGCCCGCCGCCACCCCUCCAUAACAACCCUCGCAAUCCACCCAGGCGUCGUCGACACAGGCCUGGUAACAAACCAAAGCCGCCUCAACCGCCUCUUCGUCUACCUCCCGCAAACGAUCAUGGGGUCCUCCGUCCUGACGCCGGAGCAGGGCUGCUGGAACCAGGUCUGGGCCGCCGCGGCGGCCAAGAAGACGGAUCUCGUGAAUGGCGGGUUUUAUAUGCCCGUCGGACACUUGGCGGAUGAUAAGCUGGAUAAGGUGGCGACGGAUGGGGAGUUGGCUGGACGGCUUUGGCGGUGGACGGAGGAUGUUUUGGAUCGGGUUGAGUGA